UUUGGAUUGUGUGUUAGUCAAUUAUAUCAUCAGUCGUUUUUUUUUUAACCAAUAAGGACUCGAGGCCUGGGUGCUAAGAUGCAUCUCUCCGUUACUGUGCUGUGCUUGAGUUUUGGAGUGUUCAUCAAUAACGCUACUGGAAGUGACUGGUGCUACACAGGCUGCGAUCACACGCCAAACCACUGGCAUGAACUCCCUGACUCUUCCUGUGGAGGUCAAAGGCAAUCACCUGUAAAUAUAUUGACCAGCCAGGUGGAGAAGAAUGAAUAUCUACAGAACUUCUCUUUUGUCAACUUUUCAUCCCAGGAUGCCUUCAAGUCCAUCAUAAACAAUGGACAUACAGCCAAAUUCCUCCUAAAGGACAAUGAGGUUGAACUAAGUGGUGGUGGACUCAAUCAUACUUACUCCACAAUCCAGCUCCAUUUCCACUGGGGCGACACCCAGCACCACCCCGGGUCGGAGCAUGCCAUCGACGGGCACAGAUACCCGAUGGAGAUGCACAUUGUGAGUCUGAUGAAAGGCCUGUCUGUGGAGCAGGCCCUCCAAAAUUCAAGGGGGAUCGCUGUCCUUGGUUUCUUCAUAAAUGCCACUGAAGAUGAAAAUCUGUCAAGUCCUUGGAGCGCCUUAACCUCUUAUCUCCUGAAGGACACAGCCACUGAAGUCGAUGUGACACAUGCCAUCUCCAUUGAUGACCUCAUUGGCAACGUGGACCUUUCCAAAUUCUACCGCUACAUGGGGUCACUGACCACCCCUUCCUGUAAUGAAGUGGUGGCCUGGACCGUCUUUCAGGAGCCUAUUCCUGUCAACAAAAUUCUUAUUGAACAGUUUCCCAUAAAGACAGGCCUCACCAACGUUUACCGCCCAGUUCAAGAGAUCCAUGGGCGCAAAGUGUAUUCGUCCCCCAGUGUUGUUCUUCCUUCCAGUCAUGAAUGGUGCUACGACGAUCACUGUGAGUUCAAUCCUUCCAAAUGGAGCCUUCUGCCGGACUCGCACUGCAAUGGCAACCGUCAGUCACCCAUCAACAUCGAGGCACAAAAGGCUGUGGUGGACGAACACCUCGACGGUUUCAGUUUCACAAAGUUUGACGACAAACAUGCCAUCAAGUACAUCACAAACACAGGCCAUACAGUAAAGUGUGUCUUGAACGAGGGGGUGGUGGAGGUGUCCGGGGGCGGCCUUGGUUACGUCUAUUCCACUCUCCAAUUCCACUUCCACUGGGGUUCCUCAUCACACGACGGCUCAGAGCACACGAUGGAUUCCAAAAAAUUCCGCAUGGAGGUGCACAUUGUGAACAAGAGGAAGGAUUUAACCCUGGAGGAGGCAGUAAACACCCCAAAUGGUCUAGCAGUGUUGGGAUUCUUUAUUGAGGCUGUUGUAUCCGAUAGAAGUAGCAGCGCUACCGAAAGUGAAGAUUCGCAUGAGUCCUCUGAUGACUCCGACUCUGAUUCAGCGACUGAUGCCUGGAAAAAGCUGAGCGGCUACCUGGCAGCAAUACAAAGUGUCGGUUCACAGGUGGAGGUCACAAAGGAGCUUUCCCUCGCGGAGCUGCUCGGCGACAUGGACUUCACCGCUUACUACCGCUACAACGGCUCCUUGACCACCCCCUCGUGUAACGAAGCAGUGGUUUGGACGCUGUUUAAAAAGUCAAUUAAGGUGGACCAGAGCCAGUUGGCGAUGUUCCCAAACUGGACGGGCUAUCGCGAUGUGUUCCGACCAACGCAGGCUCUUCACGGCAGGACAAUCUACACCACAGCGGGAUGUGGUGAACUGGCACCCACUGUGCUCUUUGUGCUACUCCUCUACUUCUGUGUUUCUUUCCUGCACUAGCACAGCCCAGCAUGUUGCAUUAUCUACCCUGCACUUUUCCUCAUUGUAGAUUAUUGCAAAACCUUAAGGAGAGGUGGGGCGGAUAUUAUUAUGCACUCUUUCUUUCUUUACUGUAUGCCAGGCAUGUUAUUAAUCUAGUUGUUUAAGAGCACGGCAAGGUGGAGAUGAAAGUGGAAAUGACUGCGCUGAGUGUUUGUUUGCUUAAUGACUCUGUCGUACAAAGUGGAAGCUUACUGGAAGUUUAUCAGUCUUGUAUGUGUGUGAUAAAAAUAGUUCCUCAUUGAACUUGGACCUGAGUAUAUAAAAUAAAGUGUAACAACUACGAUGGUUGUAACUGUGGUAAUUGCACCAUUGUUUUAAAACUAUAGAACAUGCAAUGCAGCAGGGGUCAAACUUUUUCCACCAAGGGCGGCAUACUGAAAUAUCAAAGGAUGCGGGAUUGAUAUACUUAUACUUGUAUAUGUGUGUGUAUUUAUGUACAAUAUAUAUAUAUAUAUAUAUAUAUAUAUAUAUAUAUACUGUAUAUAUAUAUAUAUAUAUAUCGUGUCCAUUGCCGUCUGUUUCGUGUUCCAGUAACCCAUUUCCCGCCAUAAUGCCCUGGUUCCUCAGCACCUGACGCAGACCUUGUUGACCAGGGCGACGUCUGAGCCGGUAUGUCUCUCUGUUCUGUAUCACUCAUCAUGAGGUAGCUAGGCGGUAGCGCUAAGGACCCAACUGGAAGAUGUUAUUAUGUAUGCCCUAUUGUACAAUGCUCAUUGUACCCUGCUUGAUUCGACUGAGCUAUCUAGCCACUCGCGCUAUCAAGCCGCUACCCUUGAGGCCAACUUUGAGCCAAUUGCACAAGUCUCCAUCAAAUGUGGCAGUACCACAUACAGUACCAAGGAGAUGCUCUGUCCCCGCUGCUGUUCUGCAUAGGCCUGAACCCCCUCAGCCAAUGAAUCAACAAGACUGGCUAUGGAUACCCACUUAAGAAUGGGGUACCGUCAGUCACCUCUUUGACAUGGAUGACAUUAAACUGUAUGCUAAGAGCGAGCUUUUAUAACUUUAUUCUGACGUGAACACAUCAACUGCAGUGCAAUUCCAACACUGUACAUGUAUCUCCAACUUGUAAACACAUCUCUCACUUCCUCAUGCUCCACCACACUUUUGCCAUGUGCAUUCACGGACCCUCCGUGAACAUCACAAAACACACAAAACACAAAAAACGCCUCGACAAUGGAGUCACGGAACAUAGCCCACUUUGGAUGUACAAUUUGCUACAUUUAAGUAUGCUGGAAAAUAUACUGAAAACAAGUACAUUUACCUUAAAUUAUGUGAUAUCUUUGAAUGCAACCUCUCAUUGCUCAUAACAGGGUUUAACGUGAGAUGCAAAUGUUCUGCUGGUAUUAAAGAGACUUUUGAUUUUUGGAGUUAUGUUUAACUUGAUUGACAUUCGGUUCUUUUGAAACAAAUAUAUAUAAUUCUGUCCUGUCAUUUACUGCAUCUUUCUGUUAAUUAAAUUAAUUAAAAAUAGGCAUGUUUCAGACAUAGUUGCUAAUGAUGAUUAAUUAUGAUUAAUUAAUUUAAAAACUUUGAUUAAUCUGAUUAAAAUUUUGCUAAAAAUCAUUUGACAGCCCUACUAUAUAUAUACAGUAGUACCUCGCAUAACGUAAACCUCCUUUUAUGUAAAUUCCACUGAAUGUAAAGAAUUUAUGUAAAGUUUUUGCAUUGUAUUACGUAAGAAAUUCCAUUUAACGUAAAGCGUCUUUUUUUUUCAAUCAACUUUAUUAAUGCCUUACAAAUUACACUAACAGUGCAUCAAACCAUGGGCAUUGAAAAAAACAGUUGGAUAACAAAAACACAUAAAAUAAAUCACACAGAAAUCGAGAUUAAAGAAAUAAAAACGUAACAGAAAAGUGAUAAAUAAAUAAAUCAAAUUAAAGAUAAUAAUAAUAAUAAUAAUAAUAAUAAUAAUAAUUAAAGUAAGAUACACCAGGGGACAUGAGCAAUGAAAAUUAAAUUGAAUUAAGGAUAUUGAAGUGGGAGCACAGAUUUAUAGUCUUGAUAGCUUUCUUGUUAUUAGCAGAGGAUAUUGAUUUGAAGUACAGCUCCACUUCUUUCAUGAAAACAUAAAAAAGGGGUUUCACUUUGGCAAAUUUAAAGUCGGUGCAAGUUUUUUUUUUUUUUUAAGUCGGUGCAAGUUCAGACUAACAGAGUACUGGACACUUGGUGACGCCUUUCAGUUUUAUUCAUUUACAGUAAUCUUAUUUAUUACCUUAUAUUGGAAUGUUACUGUACUAUGUUUAUGAUAAUGUUUUCUUAUAUUUUCCCACCAUAUUUGGUGGACUUUGAAUAUUUCGAAGGGCCAAAGGGUGAGUUUGGAAGAUCUUGGAACGGAUUAGGCUAUUUACAUGUAUUUUACGCUUCAUAUAACAUAAAAAUCCUAUAACAUAAAGGUUCUCGGAAUGGAUUAUUUACGUUGUAGGGGCGUCUACUGUAUAUAUAUAUAUAUAUAUUUAAAGGCAAAACUAACGUACGUAUUGUAUGCUUUUUAAAAGCAAAAACCUAACAAGAAAACAUACAGUUUUGCUCGAUUUGUCCCAUUUUUACUGGGGUUUUUUUGUUUAAUUUUAUUCCUACAUUGUGCCGCAGGCCAAUAUAAAAUGAGCCACGAGCCGAACUUUGGACACCCCUGUAGUGCAGUGUGAUCAUAUUAAAAUGGUUCAUAAUACUAAUAGUCAAGUGCUUAAAAUCGCUUUAUCACUCAUUUUGUAGGCAACCACAAGGUAUCCCACCGACGUCAUUCAGUUGUUUAUGCUACCAUAUAUGUGCAAUAUUGUCGAAUUGCAUCUAUAAGUCAUUUUAUUUCUGCUGCUAUGAUUUGAGUUGAGAUCAAUAUUGUCUGCGUGAUAUAUUGCGUGUAACAAACUGUUUGUAUUUCACCCUUUGGUACAAUGAAUCUUGUGGUAUUAAUAAAGAUGUGAACGGACUACUAUCA